UUACUCCAUACAUACCCUCUUCCUUUCUUUAUCUAAUAAUAAUAAUAAUAAUAAUAAUAUUAAUAAUAAUAAUAUUAUUAUUAUUAAUAUUAACCCUUUUUCUUCUUUCCUUUUUCCCUUCUUACCCUGCGCUUGCUUUCAUGGACUUCUAAGAACCCCCGCCACUGCCUUCAACUGUCUGCUCUACACGGACACACAACUUUUAUUACUGUAUACAGAGAAAAACAAGUAGGCUGCGGUCGAAUGGAAAAACUGAAUUUUGUGAAGAACGGGGAGCUCAGAUUGCCUCCGGGCUUCCGUUUCCACCCAACCGACGAGGAAUUGGUUGUGCAAUACUUAAAGCGCAAGGUUUUCUCCUUCCCUUUGCCAGCCUCCGUCAUUCCUGAGUUUGAUGUUUGCAAGUCUGAUCCUUGGGAUUUGCCAGGUGAUUUAGAGAAAGAGAGGUACUUUUUCAGCACCAAAGAACCCAAAUAUCCUAACGGCAAUCGCUCCAACAGAGCCACCGGUUCAGGUUACUGGAAGGCCACUGGGUUGGACAAACAAAUUUUAACUUCAAAAGGGAACCAAGUAGUGGGAAUGAAGAAGACACUUGUUUUCUACAGAGGAAAGCCACCUCAUGGAUCCAGAACCGAUUGGAUCAUGCAUGAGUAUCGCCUCCUUAACCCUCCGUCUCAGGUUGCCAUGGAAAACUGGGUUCUGUGUCGCAUAUUUUUGAAGAGAAGAAGUGGUUGUAGAAACAGGGAGGAGAAGGAGAUGGAGAGUUUGAGAGGCGGAGUGGUUAAUAGGAAGGUGAGGAAGUCGAAGAUGGUUUUCUAUAACUUUUUGGAACAGAGCAAGACCGAUUCCUCGUCUUCUUCCGGCAGUGGAAUUACUCACGAAUCAGAUGAGCAUGAAGAGAGCAGUAGCUCCGACACCUUCCCUUAUUUUAGAAGAAAACCUUGACACCCUCCUUUUAAAUUCUAGUACUACUGCUUGUUUUAUAAUCAUCUCGGAUCAACCUAAGUUUUACCUCUUUCUUCUAUUGUCUUUCCCUGUAAUUAUCUUCUUUCCACCGGCGCUGAGGGUAGUCUAGGUAUGGAGUGUGUAAUCCAGUUCUUCUUUAUUUCCUUCAUCAUCAUGCAAAUGGAAAGGCAAUGCAUCUUUUAGCUAGCUAAA